AAUAAAUCGAUUAAAUUUGUGAUGGAUAAAAGAUUCAAACAUACUCUAGUGGCAUUUAAAAUAUGUCCUUAUUGCAUGAAAGUGUUAACAGUAAUGUGUCAUAAAAAUGUUAAAUUUGAAAUCAAGUUUAUAGAAAUGCAUAACAAACCUGAUUGGUUUCUUAAAAUAAGUCCUCUCGAGAAAGUACCUAUUUUAAUAAUUGGUGAAGAAGGUAUUAUUUGAUUAAAAAUAUUUAGUUGUUUUAUUUGAGUCAGCAGCAAUAAUGGAAUACAUUGAUGAAAUUACACCACCUAAAUUGAUGCCAGAUGAUCCAAUGUAGAAAGCAUUAGAUAGAGCUAAGUUCGAGUAUUCAAAUGAGAUAAUAAAAAAUCUUUAUUAAUUUAUCUUUUGUACAGAAUAAGAUGUAAGUUUUUAUUUAAAAGAAAUAGAAAUUUGUUAAAUUGAAAGAGUGGUUAAUAAAACGAUUCUAGUAAAUGGAUGAAUGGCUAAAAGAUAAAAAAUAUGUGAAUGGAUUAGAACUCUCUUUAGUUGAUCUUAAUUUUGUACCAGUUUUCGUAGUAUUAAAUAUGCUGAAACCAAUUUUACCAUGUGAUAUGUUGAAGGAUAAUAAGAAAGUAUUAAACAGGAAUGUAUAAAUAGUUAUAAAAUUAUGGAGAAUCUUUAACAUCAUUACCAUGUGCAAAAACUGGACGAGUUCCAGAUUAUGAAUUUUUGAUGAUUGAUGGAAUUAAAAAUCAAAAUACUGUACUAUUCAGAUCUAAUCCAUGUUAUUUCAACGGACCUAAGUCUUCACGUUGUUGUUUCUUUGGAAAAUGA